ACCAAACUUGCAGGGCUUCAGGCUACCAGUCCUGUCAGAAUUUACAAACCGCUAUCGUCUCUUAUUAGUAGUAAUGACACAGUGGAUGUACGUUGUUGAUGCAACUUUCUUCAUGUCCUUCUUUUACUUUAACUAGCGGAAGGUGCACUCUACAAUUAUGGAGUUUUGAAAAAGAAAGUGAGAAUUUUGAGGGGAAAGGGGGCCUUUCCCCUCAUGUUCGAUGAUUGGACUGCUGGACGAGAAGGUCAUAGGGUAGUUGAAGUUUUUGCCUUUUGUAAAUUAUUAAGUGUAUUUAGAGGAACAACUAUUUUUGCAAACAUUGAACAUACAUUUUUGUAUAAAACGCACAAGAGGUUUUUGUAUUUAUUGAAUUCUUGAUGUCAUCGAAUGCAGCAAGCAUCUUAGUUUGUGUUCAAUUCUUGGUUGAAAUGGUGGACUGAAACAAGUCGCAGGAAGGCUCUGGGGUUGCUAGGGUGCAGUGGAACCUCAACACAAGCACAAUUCUAGCACUCUAAACCAUUUUGACCUUUUGUUGACACAUAUUUUUUUCUUGUAUACUUUUUCUUCUUGGAGAGCAGCUAUUGUCACAAUUUUAGUGGCAGUGUUUUUUGUUUUGUUUAUCUGUUACAUUGCAGUUUAUUUGUUAUUGUUUUAGUUUUUUUUGUAGUUGUGGGUGGUGGGCUGUCAGAGGGACUUUGUAAUACAAAAGGGAAGAGGGUUCACUGAGAAUUUAACGGAGGUCAGGAUGAGUCUGGCAGUGCCGGACUGCACACCCAAAUGCCGCUCGCAGCAGCAUGCAGACGAGGUGGUAGCGGCAUUAACGGGCGGCUCUGAGGGGCAGCUGCGGGCGUUCUUGACCUCACACUGCCACAAUGCGGCCACCUUGCGGGAUGCCUUUGGUCGCACAGCCCUGCACCUUGCAUCCUCACUGGGAAAGAAGAUCCUACUGGAGUGGCUGUUGGAGAGUAAGAGUGCUGACCUGAUGUUGAAGGAUAAGGAGUCCGGCUGGACUGCUGUCCAUCGCAGCGCUUUCUAUGGACAUAUCCACUGCCUCAUAUCACUGGUCAAGCAUGGAGGACUUCUCUCCACCCAGGACAAGGAGGGUCUCUCUGUCCUGGACCUUACAAUGAAGGACCGACCAACACAUGUUGUGUUCAAAAACACUGACCCAACUGAAGUAUACACAUGGGGAAACAAUACUAAUUUCAGUCUGGGGCAUGGUAAUCAGGAGAGCCGACAGCACCCUGAGCUUGUGGAUGUGUUUGCCAGGACUGAGGUUUACAUGAAGCAGGUGGUCCUGUGUAAGUUCCACUCAGUGUUCCUGUCUCAGAAAGGCCAGGUCUUCACCUGUGGGCACGGGCUGGGAGGACGACUUGGCCACGGAGAUGAACAGACUUAUCUGGUUCCUCGGAUGGUGGAGGGUCUGAUGUCCCACCACUGCUCCCAGGUGGCGGCAGCUAAAGACCACACAGUGGUGCUGACAGAAGAAGGCUAUGUUUACACUUUUGGCCUCAACUCCUUCCACCAGCUCGGUCUGGCUCCUCCUCCUGCCUCAGCUCAUGUCCCUAAACAGGUGUUCUCCAAGACGCUGAAAGGCAGGACAGUGAUUGGAGUCGCAGCAGGAAGGUUCCACACAGUGCUGUGGACCAGGGAGGCUGUCUACACAAUGGGACUCAAUGGAGGCCAACUGGGUUACUUGCUGGAUCCUAAUGGAGAGAAGUGUGUGACAGCCCCCCGGCAGGUAUCAGCUCUGUACCACAAGGAUGUCACCAUAGCAAUGGCAGCAGCUAGUGAUGGAGCAACAGUAGUUGUGACUGAGAAGGGCGACGUCUACCUGCUGGCUGACUACCAGUGCAAGAAAAUGGCUUCAAGGCAGCUGAACAUCAGGAAGGUCCUGGUCAGCGGCGGGAGUCUGGACCACCGUGUGGUUCCACAGAUCCUGAAUGAGGGAGGAGGAGAAAAGGUGGCCAUCUUGGCAUUAGAUGAAGCUGGCAGGGUGUUUUGCUGGCGGUCCUCCUGCAGCUCGGUGAGACAGUGCCGGUGGGCGUACGGGCGUCAGGUCUUCAUGUCGGACAUAUCUCUCAGCAAGAACGGCAUGAUGUUUGUGACUCAGGAGGGGGAGGGCUUCAGUGGCGUGUGGGCCGGAGAAUUUAAAAAGUUAGAGGAGAAGAAAGAGGGCAGUGUGGAGGUUUGUGGCCAUUCAGAUGCCGGGACCUGGUAUGAGCGGAUCCGCCUGGAGAAACUCCCGUACGUCCACAGAGCUGUCAGCAUCACCAUGGACUCUAAAGGCCGAAAUUUUGGAAUGCUUCAGUCCGACCCCAAAACAAGCCUGUAUGAGAUUCCCAGCAUCUCUCCAUCCUCCUUCUCCCAACACUUCCGGAGUCUUCUGGAUGAGGCGGACGAAAUGGACAGCAUCCACGAUGUGACCCUUCAGGCUGGCGAUCGCACUUUCCCUGCCCACAAGUACAUCCUGUCCAUGAGGUCCGAGUUCUUCCGGAAGCAGUUUGUGUCGGAGCAUUGCGACGUCGACGAGGAGCUUGACGGAGACGUGAGGAAGAGUGAAGAUGCUGUGGGCUGUGAUUUAAUCAUUUUGGAGAAGAUCCCAGCAGACAUGCUGGAAUACGCCCUGCACUUCAUCUACACAGACUCCUGUGAGCUGCUGGCGCACGGGGCCCGGCCGAGAGUCUCAGGGGCCUUGAUGGGACAAAACCAGGACUCGGAGCAAGAGAGGCUUAUCAGCAGCCUGCAGGACUUGGGCCUGAGAGGUCAUUCUGCCCUCGAGAUGUACCGCUCCCUUCCCCCGGCAAUCAAAGGAGAUGGUGACAAGGCCAAGAGCAAGUGCUCCAAGCCUGGCAAGAAGGGGAAAGGUGGCAAAGGCGACAAGGCCGGAGCCAACGAUGGAGGGGCCAACCCUGUGAAAACCUUACAGGGUGUUGCGAAAAAGCUGGGCCUUGGAAGCCUGUCUGCACGACUGGACGGAGUCAAGUAUGAAAGUGGAAAGAUCAAUGUUAUAAAAAAGAAAACUGGCAACAAACCUAAAUUAUACCAGAAGAAAUGCUCCUAUCUGUGUGAUGUCACUUUGAAAUCUGAAGAUGGGAAAGAGUUUCCAUGUCACAAAAGUGUCCUCUGUGCAAGACUAGAAUACUUCAAUAGUAUGCUUGGAAACCCCUGGAUCGAGGCCACAUCCUGCACGGCCCUGGAGAUGCCUACCAGCUCACAGAUUCUGCAGGUCAUUCUCGAGUACAUUUACACAGAUGAGUCUCCAACCAUUAAAGAGUCUUUGAAUGUAGAGUUUGUCUGCAACGUAUUGGUCGUGGCCGACCAGCUGCUUAUCACCCGACUGAAGGAGAUGUGUGAGGUCGUCAUCACCGAGAACUUGACUCUGAAGAACGGUGCAGAGCUGCUGGAGUUUGCCACCAUGUACAACGCAGAGCAGCUUAAGCUCUCCUGUCUUCAGUUCAUUGUGCUCAACAUGGCCGCCCUGCUGGAGUCAAAAGCGCUGGAUAUUCUUAGUGAUGAAGUGCUCGUGGAGCUUUCUGCAGCCUACAGGAGGAUGAUCCCAGCCAUGCAGAAGAGGAUUAUCACUCCGUAUCCUGGAGCUCCAGACCUCAGUGUGUACGAGGAUGAGGAUUUGGACUCAGCAUUUAGCCCCAAACCAGAAGCAGAAUUGGAUUACUCCUGCAGGGAAAUCCUGUUAAAGAGGGCCAAGAUUAAGGCUAAAAAGAAAACAAGGAGACGUUCUGACAGCUCGGGAGGCUACACUCUCUCUGAUAUCAUCCACAGCCCCCCUGCUGCAGUGAUCUCCCCGUGCCUGGUAAAGUCAUGCAGGGCGAACUCAACAGAGUCCCUGCAGGAGAUGCUCACAUCCGACUCUGAGGGCAGCUACGUGGGGGCGGGCAGUCCCCGAGACACGCAGUCACCAGUCUUUCCUGACAGAGCCGAGGAUGAGAAGGCUUCCAGGCUCAAGACCCCACCCAGCACCCCGACCUCCCUGAGCGAUGUCCUCCCAACUCCCCCACCCUCUGCUCCACAACCCAUCCCCAAGGUGCUUCCCUGUCCUGCUCGUCCACCCCCAGUCUUGGAUCUGAGAGCCAUCAUGAACAUGGAGGCCAAUUCACUGCAGACCCUCCGAGCGACUCCGAAAAGCCCCGGGAGUGUCAGUGCCAGCGUUAAGCACUCCCCUGUUCCCACUAAACUGUCCCAGAAGCAGAGGAAGAUGUUGGCCAUGGCCAACAAGGAGGCCAGUGUGGAGUCCACUGCAUCCAAACCAGCCCCCACAGUCACCCCAUCCAAAAGCAGUGGGAAGGCCUGGGCAACAGCAGUCCAGUCUCCACCCGCCUUGUGCUCAUUUCGAGCGCUGCUGGAGGAGGAGGAGGAGGAGGAGGAAAAGGAGGAGGAGAACCGCUUGGUCAGAAUGGGACCAACAGGAGCCCAGAGGGGCCAAGGUGCCCAGGUGUCCCCCGUCAUCGCCACUCCUGCAAGAAGAGUCACGUUCAAAUGUGUUGAAAGCAGCGAGCCAGAGCGACACACUGGGCCCUGGGUGCUAGGAGCAGUGGGCAGCCCUCCCCUCUCCUCCCUGGUGACCUUUGCUUCCAUCGUGGAGGAGGAGAAGGAGCAGGAAGCUGCACUCAUCCGCAGCCGGGAGAAGCCGCUGGCGCUCAUCCAGAUUGAAGAGCGGGCAAUCCAAGACCUUUUGUUCCAUUAUAGAGUGCGUGACAACCCUGAUGAGCUGAUCGUGGUGGAGAGGUCUUCCAGCGGUCCCAUGGCAAUUCCAACAUGGAACAAACACUGAUUUUUAAAAGCACAGCCACCACAUACCAGCAAAGAGAGAACAUCCCCUGCAGUUGUCACUGUGUUGUUGGCAGCGUCCUUGCUGCAAGCUUCCCCCAAACCUCUUCAGAUCCCUCAGUCCGUGCUGAGUGAUACCUCAGACUCCAGCCCAGUGUGGGAUGGGUUUGAUGCAAACGUAUGCUCGUCUCUGCAGUGUUAUUUUAAAGUUUCCUUAUUGCUGCUCAACAUUUUGUUUGCAUGAGUGAGAGAGAAUGUCUUUCAUAUCUGAAUGUGGUCCUGAAGAGAAGCUUUGGGCCCGGGAUUACUCAUGCAUGUUGUUUUUUUUCUUUCUUUUUAGAGUCUUUUCUUGGCAACCAAUGAUACAAAAAGUAAACAACUUUCCCAAAUAAAUAUGUGAAGUUAAAAGUUGCCAAAGAAGUGAAAAGAAACGAAGAUGUUCAAGCCAAAGAAUGGGACCAAACUGCAUCACCUCGAGAGCUUUGUGUGUGUUAAAUCAUUGGAAGCUCUCAAUGUGAUUUAAGAAAGUAAGAGUGCCAAAUGUCAACUGUGGCAGAGCAUCGUAUUUAAGAGGUAAAGGGAACUGUUUACCAACGUUUAGUUUCUUUCAAUAGUCCUUUUUAUUUCGACUGAUAGCUUCAGCUGAAUUGCAGUGAAAUGGUAAUCUUGCUGGACGCAGUAAAAACGUACUUUGAAUAAAUGUUUUUCAUAUUUAAAAUACAUUGUUUGAUGCAGUUAGUGAUUGUGUGAACUGGCUUUCUAAGCCUUUGAAGUUAUUACUAGUUUGUAUCUAGAGAAGGUGGUGUGCCUUUAUCCAAUAUUGAAUAAUACAGCAGCUAAAAUACCAUUCUUCUUUUCAUUUGUUUUGCUCUUCAAUAAUCUAGCUGUAUUACUCUCCAGCUUUGCUCCUGGAGCCAAUGUAAGCUCGGUAGGUACCUCAGAUCUCUGACCAUGUAAUCUUGUCUUCAGAUGCCAUUUGUGUGUGUGAGAGACAAAGGGAUGUGAAGAGAAAAUGGCAUGUAAUAAAAUAACUCACCUGUGCAAUGA